UGAUUACCAAGUAUCUUGACAUGACCCUGGUUACUAUUGCGUAGAGGCCAUAUUGGAGGCUAUCUGUGCCAACUCGGUCAGUCCUGCCCCGUUCUGCAGUCGACCUGAGGCUGUCUGAGGCCGGCCGCCUCUGAGUCCAGCUCAGGCCAGCUGCUUGGCGGAAGGCCAGCCCGGCGCGGGCCCCGCCAGCCGCCCUCUUCCCUCCUGCCCCUCCCCAGGGCCACCGGGCGCCGGCGGGGGCGGCACAUGGGCAGGUGGUGCCUUGCCCCUCUUGGGCUGCUGGCGGCGGUGCUGCUGGUGCCGGCCGCCGUGCUGCCCAAGGUGGAGUGGAGGAUCAGCAUUGCGUGGGAGGACCAGAGCUGCGACCAGGUCUGCUUCGCCGCCGGCACCAACCUCGCUUGCACCGAGGCCUGCUGGCCUGGGACCUCAGCCGGGCUGGUGGAAGCCACCUCGGCAUGCGCUUUCGCGGAGGCUGGCUCGCCUCAGCCCUGGCACCCCUCCAAAGAUCCAGAGACCACGGUGUGCCACUGGGACGCGGGGGCGCCUGGCGUGGCACGCUGCCCGCUGAUGCCAGAAACGCCGGAAGCGCUGAGGGCCCAGCUGAAGUUGAUUCGGCGGGUCUGCCCGUGCAUCAACGCCACCGCCGCGCUCGGUGCGGCUGCCCUCGACUGCGGCCUGGGCGGCGAGCCCGUGGGAUCGGCCUGCUCCGAUUGCGGCGGCGGGCUUUGCGUGAGCGGCUUCGGAGGCGCACGUGCCAGCCUCAAUGGCGUCUACGGCUGCGCGCUCGUGGCAGGUGUCGGCACCUUCUCGCACUGGGCAGGGUGCCCGUCGUGCGGAGACAACGGCGGCAGCGUCUAUGCCGUCCUCAGCGGCGAUGGGGCGUGGCGUUUCGUGGAGGCGAACGCGACCGAGCUCGUCGUGCUAGCGCAAGCAGCAGAGCCCGCCACGAGCAGCACGGUGCCCUCCAGCGGCGUGUUCGCAUCCGACGGCGUCGAGCACGGGGUCGGCAUCGUCUGCUGCAGCUCCAUAGAGCAGCCCGUGAGCGUCUACGGCGGUGGCGUUGCCGUGGGCGCGGAGGCGGCACAUGACGGCGACGACGACGGCGUGCUGCCAAUCGUUGUCCCAAUCGUUUCCACGGCCGCGGUGGCGCUGAUGGCCGUCUCGGCGUGCGCUCUCUUCGGGGUGCGGAACGGGCGCCCCUCCAGCAGCCGUGCUUGUUGUGCCGCUCGGCGCGGCGGCUGGGGCUGGGCCGCCGUGGUCGGGCCCCGCGGGCAGAAGGCCGCCGCGGAAGACACCGCCGCCCUGAAGCACCACGCCCAGCAGCAGCCGCAGCUCCAUGACGCGCUGCGGCUCGGCGCGGCCCCGUCGGCGCCCGACCUCUCGAGCGCUCCCGCGGCCACGCCGCUGGGCAGAGGAGCGGGGCGCGCCGUGCCCUCGGGGUCGGGCGCGGGCGCCGCCAGUACCAGCGCAUCCACGCUGGGCGCAGGUGUCGGCCCGCUGCCGCCGUCGCCAGCCACGGCCAGCAGCUCCGACGCCCCCGCCGCCUUCGUGCCAGGAGCCAGGCUGGCGGGCGGGGGCAGCCCGCCGACCAGCCCGUCGGGCAACGUGCGCCCCGAGGCCGCCGCCUCGCGGGGUCCAGGCGGCUGGCGCCCCGAGGCAUCGGGCGGCCGCGGCGGCCCCGCGGGCGCGGCCGCGGUGCCAGGUGGCCGUCUUCCGCCCGUCGCCGCGCGGGGCCCGAGGUUACCCGAGCAGCCAGGCGCUGGUCCUCGUGCUGCGCGGGCGCCUGCUCCCGCCUGCAGCGACGGCGCCCCGCGCGCGGCGGCGGCGGGCCGCCAGGACGGCCUCGUCUCCCAAAGCAGCUCUCCGGACUCGGUCGCCCAGCCCCCGUGGCCGCCGGGCCGCCGUGAGGGCCAGGGCGGGGCCAGGAGCAACCACGCUCGGCGUCUUAGAAGAGGGCGGGCGAGGAUGGCGGUCUUAUUGGAGGGCAUGGGGCCUGUUGGGAAUCGUUCCGCUGCUUGACGCAGUGGCUCCCGAGCGCUUUCCCAGAAGCCUGCCCCGUGUCUUCAGAGAAGGCCAACCCGCUCGCCUCCCCUCUUCUUGCGCGGCAGCUCUCCCCGCCCCCCAGCUCGAAGC